GUAGCUCUCGCAGCCAGUCGACACGUAUGUUCUUAGCUAGUUGGUGGCUCGGCCGCGCUGCGGGCAGCGCCCGCUGGCACAGAGAAUUCGUCCGUCGCCUGCUGCUAGUUGAGUUGCAGUUUCUCCACGACUAAGUACGGACUUCCAACUUCUGCGAACGUCAAAAUCCGCGACUCCGUAGAAUGUAUUUGGACUGCAGCUGCUAGUCAAGUGCUCUACAUACCAUUACAUAGAGGAGAAGGAAAAAGCAGCGCCAGCAUUGCAACCGUAGAAUAAACGUAGCUCCUGCGUUUCUCAGGAUAUAGGCAAGCCUCGGACUAGCCCAGACGCAUACAGACAUCACGGGAAAGAGGUAGUUGCUGAAGCCGGAGAGGUGGAUCCCAGGGUGAAGAUGAGGGCCGCGGGUGUCGUGCUGAUCAGCGUCGCGCUUACGUGCGCCGUUAUCGGCAAUGCCUACUACCAGAAGAAGCAGUUUUAUCCAUCGGUUGUCUACAUAACCAAGUCCAAUCCGAGCAUGGCUGUAAUUUAUGUGCAAAGUCUCAUACUUGUUCUGAUGGCCAACACAUUUUUGAGAAAAAUUUUCUUUGGAAACUUGAGGGCAGCAGAAUUUGAACACUUGAUGGAAAAACUUUGGUAUGCGGUUACAGAAACUUGCUUGGCAUUCACUGUUUUUAGAGAUGACUUUAGUCCAAAGUUUAUUGCAUUAUUUACGCUACUUUUAUUUUUGAAAUCAUUUCACUGGCUUGCUGAAGACCGAGUUGAUUAUAUGGAAAGAAGUCCUGUAAUAACAUGGCUCUUUCAUGUGAGAGUAGGAACAUUAUUAGCCCUACUAUAUUCUAUAAAUUUAGCCAUGUUUGAUUAUGCGUAUACUUCAACAAUUGCCAAAGGAGCUUCGGUUCAAUUAGUGUUUGGAUUCGAAUAUGCUUUACUAAUCACCGUUGUAUUAAAUAUAAACAUCAAAUAUAUACUUCAUACAAUUGACUUACAAAGAGAUAAUCCUUGGGAUAACAAACCUGUAUUUUUGUUGUACACUGAACUGAUCAUCGGUUUAUUAAAGGUCACUCUUUACAUUGCUUUUGUUGCAAUUAUGGUCAGAAUAUAUACCCUACCACUAUUUGCCUUUAGACCCAUGUAUUAUACAAUGAGAAACUUCAAGAAGGCUUUCCAUGACAUUGUCAUGUCUAGAAGAGCUAUCAGAAACAUGAAUACUCUGUAUCCUGAUGCAACACCUGAAGAAUUGGCAGCUGCUGAUAAUGUUUGUAUUAUUUGCAGAGAGGAAAUGUUUUCUGCAAGCAAGAAAUUACCGUGCAAUCACAUAUUCCAUACAGCAUGCUUAAGAUCUUGGUUUCAACGUCAACAAACCUGUCCUACCUGUAGGCUCAACAUUCUAAGACCUACAACUUCUCAGUCUCCAUCAAGACCACAAAAUCAACAACCACAACCUGCUCCGACGCCUGCCCCCCAACCUGCUCCUGCUCAAGGUCCUAACCCACAGCCAGCUGGUCCUCCUCCCUUCCCGAUUCCCGCUUUCUGGACUAAUUUUCCACCGCCUCCUCCACCCUCGCCACCAGGUAGCGGUACAACUCAACAACCCGGCCAAAGCUCCUCGACUUCGACCGCUCAACCAAACCAAUUCCAGCCCAUCGUCGCACCCGGAGGUAUUCCCAUGUUUGCACAAUCGUUCCAUCCAAUCGUUCCUCUACCACCUGUACCAACUCCACCACCGAACUUAACCGCGCUCAGUGAAGAGGAAUUGAGAUUAAUGGAAGGUAAUCUGCGACAAGCCGUUGAGGCUAGAAUAGAGACUCUAAGAAGAGUCCAACUACUACUCGACGCGGCUAUCGCUAUGAUGGGGCAGUAUCAAACUGCUGCAAGUACUGCUACCAUUCCUACACCAACGACUCCAACAAUACCAUCGAGCGAAAAUUCGACCUCGAAACCGUCGGCACCCGUAACGACAAACCCGACAGAGGAGCCAUCGACAAGCGAAUCUGUUGUCCGCGCGACAUCGUCCGAAAGCAAAGCUUCCCCGAGCACAAGUAGUCAUAUGGCUUCAACUAGCGCAGCCAGUAGCGAGACGUCGUCUGAGCAAGAGACGCUGAGGAGAAGAAGAUUGGAAAAAUUCACGAGAGAUCCUUCGAUAGAAGGUAUCGAUUAAGCGGAUACCGGAUGUACUGAUUUGCCGACUUAUGGAUUUUGAAUGGUUUUUCAAAAAUUACGUAUUUGUUAUUUGAAUUGAUCUGCUUAUUUGUAUGAAUUUCGAUUGUCAGCUGAGAGAUUAGGACAUUAAGCAGUAGAGAGUUAUAAGAUGAAUGAGAGCCGCAGACUUUUUUUUAUCAGAUUCGUAAUUAUUUGAAAAAUUCUAAAAUUGCAUAAUCGGCAAAAUGGAAACCGGGUUAAACUCCGGUAGCCUCUUAAUGUGUGAUAUAUUGCGUGAGCGUACUCUGUGAGAAAGAAUUUGAUCAGUCAUGUGGCUCAUCCUGCGUUCGCUUUUUCCAAAUUUAAAUGGGAAAUCGGGAGCUCUGACCAAUGACCGUUAUUAAAAGACAAUUUUUAAGGAUUAAGAUUCAUACUUUGAACUCAGGUUAAGGCUAAGACUUCCUCCAAGCGACGUUACAUUAAUGUUACACGAGUGCAAUCGAAAAGACGAAACUUCAUUUUCUUUACUAAUAGCUACUACUUCUGACGUUUUUUUUUUAAAUAUUGAUACAUAAAUUUGUCUAGUGAUCGAAAUGAUUAGAUCUCGUUGUACAGUUAGAAAUUUCUCAUUUUUUUUCUUCUGUUAUUUGAAUUAAAAAGACGCUGGUGUAAUGGACUGUACAAUAGCUGUUCUAUAUAAAAAAUUCUUUUACUAUAAUAAAAAUAUUUGUCUAUUUAUACACACAUUUAUUCAUUUAUAUUGGAAUCCUUUAAGAAUGGGUACAAUAUUUUUUUAAAUAGUUUUAAGAAAGUUAUUAGACUAUUAUGUUUUUGCUUAAUGCAUUUUUUCCUGUAGCACUUUUUUACAGUCCUGUUGAAUAAUUUACAAAUUUAAAAAAAUGUCUCAUAAUUUUCUUGCAUUAUUAUAAAUUAGCCUGACUGAGCUUUAUUAUUAAUAAAACAUGUAAGUACACACACAUAGAAAUAAGCUCGUUGUAUAACUCGAAUAAUGUAAAUAAAUAACAAAUUUAAUAAAUUAAUUAUUUACAAACAA